UCUCCGCAGCAGCGGCGGCUUGCGCGCGACACCGCGUGGACUUUUACUGCCUGCUGCGGUGAUGGCGGCGGCGGCCUGGCCGGAAGCGUGAGUGGGAUGCGGCUGACGCGGAAGCGCCUGUGCUCGUUUCUCAUCGGCCUGUACUGCCUUUUCUCGUUCUACGCCGCCUACCACGUCUUCUUCGGGAGCCGCCGCCGAGUGCCGGCUGCGACCCCUCGGGCCUUCAGGAGAGCGGCGAUCCGAGCGAGGCGCGGCCCAGAGAAGUCUACUUUUGGAAGUGAAGAAUGGAAUCCUUGGGAAGGAGAUGAAAAACAUGAACAAGAACACAGAGCUAGAACUAGCUUGCAAGUAUUAAAUAAAUCCACAAAAGGAAAAACAAACAGAAUACAAAUCUGGGGCAAAGCUGCUAUUGGCUUGUAUCUCUGGGAGCAUAUUUUUGAAGGCUUACUUGAUCCCACUGAUGUAACUGCUCAGUGGAGAGAAGGGAAAUCAAUUGUAGGAGAAACACAUUUCAGCUUCAUAACCGGUCCAUCUGUAAUCCCUGGGUACUUCUCGGUUGAUGUGAAAAACGUGGUCCUUGUUUUAAAUGGAAGAACAAAAGCAAAGACUUUUUAUUCCACGCAGUGGUUACUUUUUGCCCAGAAUCUAAUGCAAACUCAGCAACUUCAACAUCUUGCUGUGGUUUUGCUUGGAAACGAACAGUGUGAUAAUGGCUGGAUAAUGCAGUUCCUCAAAAGAAACGGAGGCAUGGUAGAGCUGCUUUUCAUAACAUACGACAGCCCUUGGGUUAAUGACGUGGAUGUUUUUCAGUGGCCUUUAGGAGUAGCCACCUACAGGAAUUUUCCUGUGGUAGAAGCAAGCUGGUCAAUGCUACAUGAUGAGAGGCCCUACCUAUGUAACUUCUUGGGAACUGUUUAUGCAAAUUCAUCCAGAGAAGUACUAAUGGAUAUUCUGAAACAAGGUGGUUAUGAAAAGCUUUGUUGGGUUUCAGCAAGAGAACAGUGGCAGCCUCAAGAAACAAAUGAAAGCCUGAAGAAUUACCAAGAUGCUUUGCUCCAAAGUGACCUCACGCUGUGCCCUGCAGGAGUGAACACAGAAUGCUACCGGAUCUAUGAGGCCUGCUCCUAUGGCUCAGUCCCUGUGGUAGAGGAUGUGAUGACCCAGGGCCAGUGUGGGAACACGUCCACCCAUCACAGCGCCCCCUUGCGGCUGCUCAAGUCCAUGGGCGCCCCCUUUAUCUUCCUGAAGAACUGGAAUGAACUUCCUGCCAUUUUAGAGAAAGAGAAGACUAUACUUUUACAAGAAAAGAUCCAUAGAAGAAAACUGUUACUUCAGUGGUAUCAGCACUUCAAAACAGAGCUAAGAAUGAAAUUUGCUAACAUUUUAGACAGUUCAUUUUUAAUGAAUAAAGGCUAGCUAUUGUUCAUUACCA